AUGUUUGCAAACACCAAAAAGAAAAUCUCAGAAAAAGCUGACCAAGAGAUUGCCACGAUCCGGCAGAAGGAGCAAAGACUGUUAGAAGAGACUGACAGGAUUUACCAAGAGAGAAUCACAACGUUUGAUGCAGCUCAAGCUAACAACAGGAAAGAGGUGACACAGACAGAGCACAAGCUGGAGGAGGUUAAACAACUCAUGAAUCAAGCAAGUUGCUAUGAGAUUCUUGAACUUCAGCAGAAGCUCUUGCAUAACCUCAGUGAAUUGACAGGAAAACAUCCAAAGCAAGUUUCUGACCAGUUGACCUUCAUGGAUUUUGAAGAAGAUGAGAGGUCACUUGGGAGACUCAUUCUGGAAGAAGAGCCAAAGGCUGCAGCAAAGCAAUCACCAAGACCUAGAAGAUCAUGUGUGAUGGAGAAAUGGAAACUGAAGACUGAAGUCAAGAACUUUGAAUUAACAAAUGCAUUGAUAGCACAUGUUACAGCACUCUCUAACAAUAAACUACUGGCACUCUAUGAAUCAAAAUUCUUGUUUGCAAAUACCAGUAUUCCUGCCAUCUUUACAGUCUCAUUGCCCAACAGUCAACCUGAGCCAUCUCCUAUACCACAAAUGCUGCAAAUAAACGGCCUCAGUGAUGAUGUAAGUUUCUAUACAUCUGCCAUCUACUUUAUGUGCGUAUGCUUCCUCCAGGAGCGCUUAUUUGAAUCAAACAGCCUCUAA